CAGGGUCAGCAGCACGAGCCGGCGCGCGGCUUCUGAACGGCCCUGCGGGUCCCUCGCCGGGCACCGUACGGGCUGUGGCGAAGGGAGCGGCGGAGCAGAAAGCCUGGAGCAGAAUGUUCGUGGAGUUGAACGAGCUGCUGAACGCUUCCCCGGAGAGGCCCGAGCAGGGGAAGCUCACAUUGCUGCGCGACACCAAGACAGAUGGCAGCUUCCUGGUGCACCAUUUCCUCUCCUUUUAUCUCAAAGCUGGCUGUAAAGUCUGUUUUGUGGCCCUGCUCCAGUCCUUCAGUCACUAUAACAUCAUAGCACAGAAGCUGGGAGUCAGUCUGACCGCAGCAAAAGAGCGGGGACAGCUUGUGUUCUUGGAAGGCCUGAAAUCCUGCUUUGACGUCUUUUUUGGUGAGGAGCAGCAUGUGGGGCAGACCAAUCCCCUUCAGUUUGUAAGCAAAGAUGGCUCCAACCUGAAAACCAUGUAUGAGUUUGUCCGGACAUCCCUGAUGGCUUCUGGUAGCGAUUCCUGGAAAUGCCCCGUGUUGCUGGUGGAUGAUCUCAGCGUCCUGCUCAGCCUGGGUGUGAGGCCGGUUGAUGUUUUGGAUUUCAUCCAUUACUGCAGAGUUGCAGUGUGCUCCCAGUUAAAGGGGAACAUAGUGGUGCUAGUGCACAGCAAUGAUGAUUCAGAAGACGAGGAGAAUGAACUGGUUGUGAAUUCCCUCUGUCACCAGAGCAACCUAAUCCUUUGGGCAGAGGGGCUGGCUACCGGCUUCUGUAAAGAUGUUCACGGACAGUUAAAGAUCAUUCAGAAGGGGUCAUCCGAGCUGAAAGCAGAGAAGAAUCUCCUCCGAAUCUACCAGUAUAAAAUUCAGGACAAGAAUGUCACAUUUUUUGCCAGAGGGAUGUCAGCAGCUGUGUUGUGAAUUCCAAGGCACAAUUCAGCACAGGACCUGAGGCCAAGGGGAGAGUGGUACUUGAUACCUGGGGAAAAAACAGGAGAUGCCAGCAAUA